GUCCGCGCUCAUUCUCGAAGCGGACGCCAUGUAGUGCAUACCACGUAGGCAUGAUCGGCUGGAACAGAGGUGCUGGUGAUACGCGAUCGUGAAGAUCUCCCUUCCAGCGACGGUAAACGCGAGCUUCUCGCUAGAGAGCUUCUCCCAGAGGUCUUUGUACUCUUAAGGGCACCCUCGAUAUUUCCGUUCCGUUAGCGCUCCGUUUCGUAAAUCAAUGUGGACCAGAUUGUUCGCCACAUGAUCCAUGUGGAUCAUUGCAAGUGAAGAGUGAGGAGUAUGAUGAAUGAAGAUUUUCAGUCGAACGGAUUACGUGCGGUUGAAGUUCCAGUGGAAAUUUUCUUCUUGUUCGCAUUGCGGACAUCAGAAAUAUCUUCUUUUUUUUUUAAGUAGUACAUGUUAAUUGUGUCCCGUGUGUGCAGACAAUUUAAAAUACAAAACAGAUCGAAUCUGACAAUUUUACGUUAACAUUGUGGCAAAAAGAGUCAAACAAAUCAUCACGAAGCUACCAUUCACAUUUGGACUACUGGUCCAAAUUUUAUUAAUCUUUAAUUGUUUGAGUGUCUUCAAUUGUAGUGAAUACAUAGUGACUAUUGUUAGCAAGAUUGAGUUCAAAAUUUGGAUCGUAAUUCAGUAUUCGCGUCUGUUGCGAGUGUAACAAGCAAUACAUUGUAAUAAAGAAGAAAAUUGCGCCACUCGUUUGCAUUGCAUAAGGAGAUACCAAUGAGAGACACAUAAGUGGAUAAAUUAUCAAAAACUCAAGUGCCUUUAAUUAUUCCUCCGUCUCAGUGAAGUGUUGAGCUUCUAACGAAGCGAUUAUUCGUCUACAUAAACAUUUGGAGAUCAAUAUACGUUAAAAUCAUUAAAAUAAUUUAUCUUCAUGGCAAACGUUACAAAAUAUUUUCAUCAAGUGUCGUUUUGAUCUUUGCUUGGCGCAAAAUCGCGGAGCGACUUCGAUGAUAAUUCACACAUUCUGAGAACUCACUUCGCUGAUUCGUGUCACCGAAAAACACUCGUUGAAACGAGCACAAUGGCUACCAUGGGGGUAACGGUGUUUUGCAAUAGAGUACAGAUAAACGGCAAUGAUCAAGAACAACUGAUGUUGCUGCGAACGUUACAAGAUAACGAGAACAAUAUCAUCGGCAAUCAACCAACGUUGAUAGUCCCGAAAAAUAAUACCGGCAGUAAUACGACGAACACUACGACGGUGUUACCUCCGUACGAUCCCUCCAGACUGAAGAAGCACGGCAAGAACGGACAGCCGCCGCCUGUUGCUGUCGCUCGGAGAAACGCCAGGGAGAGGAAUCGCGUGAAACAAGUGAACAAUGGAUUUGCUACAUUGCGACAACACAUUCCGAGCCACAUUGCCGCGGGUUAUGGCGACAGGGGUAAGAAGCUGUCGAAAGUGGAGACUCUCAGGAUGGCCGUAGAAUACAUCAGAGGCCUUCAGAGGCUCCUGGCCGAAGCUGAUGGCGUUGAAUACGAUACCAAGACCGUUGUCGGUGCCCAGUGCGCUCCCUCUCCAACUAAUAGCGUCAUCUCUUCGACCCAUAACGGCUCUGGCGAGAGACUCGUUCUCGAGGACGAUGUACUAGCCGCGGAAGACGACGAAGGGGAACAGCUCGACGAGGAAGAGGAUGAGAGUGCCGCUAAAUCGAAAAUUACAUUAUCUAGAUUAUCCCCCAACCGAACGGCUAUUCCAUCCCCGCGUGACUACUACGCAUCCUCGGCAGGCGAUGAAGAAAAUUUGGAACCGCGAACUCUAACCGGUGGACAGAAUUUCUCCAGGCUAUCGCCAAAUUCGGUGGCCUCGCCACCUUCGGAGUAUUACGCUCAGAAUGAGGAGAACCUGGAACCGCAAAUUUUGUCGCCAUACAGCGGCGCCGGGGAUAGCGAAGAGGGUGCAACGACCGUGUACGCGACUAGCCCAGAGACCUUCUCCGGAGCCCUCUACUACAAACAAGAGAUCACCGAAACGGGGGAAUUCAUGGACGUCGUCAGCUGGUGGGAACAGGAACAGGGAAGACUCGUCCAUCAACAGCACACGCAACGGCUGACGCACGUGUAACCAUAGUUACAGAUUCCAGUUAGGAAAGAUGAAUAUUUGCAACCAAAUUUGAAGUCUACUAUAAUAUAAUACGCCUCAAAUUUCACAUGAUCUCACUAGACCUGGAUGAAGAUUUAUUCGACAAUAUAUGACAUGAUAUUGUAGACACGUGGAAGACGUGUAUUGUGAUUAAUAGCGAAAGAUGGAAAGUGUACUUACGAGUACUUAUCUUUUAAACAUACUUACUUACCAUUAUAUUUGUCUUUCGGAUUAUCAAUAGUAUGUAACAAUAGAAGCUAAUAUGGGACGCAAUUAAUAUAAUAUUUUUAUUUUAUAAGAACAGGUUUAUUAAAAACAAAUUAAAUGUGAUUUUACAUCAUAUAUAUUACACAUGAAAGUAUUCAUGAAAAGCUGCUAUUUAUGCUGCAGAGUACAGUUUUUUUAGACCUUGAGAAUUAUGUUAUUUACAUGUAUAUUAAUUGCGUCAAUUUCACGAAAUAAUAUCCUCGUAUACUUUCAAGUAUACUAAUUAAUUAUCUUCUUUUAAAGACAAUAGAGAAAAAUUUUUUAAUUCUCUUUAGCAAUGACUUUUUGCGCUUCCAGAAAGAAAAUACUUAUUUUCUCGGCUAUUUAUAUCACAACAAGUACAAUUAAUUUAGUUAUAUUAUAAAUAUAAUUAUAUUUAUAUAAAACACAGUUUAUCGCAAAACUGAAAAAUUGAGAUAAACGUGCAUAACAUACGUUAUGUGCUAUAAAAUAGAAAUAAUGUUUCUUGUUAAUGUCAUCGAACGUUGAUAUGCUAUUUUACUAAACUUUUACGAUACAAACAUUUAAGAUUUGAAAAAUAAAAUUAUGAUACUCUUAUUUAUAAAAACAAUGUUUAUAGAAUAUUUAUUACGCCGUACGUGUAUUAUUGCACAAUUAAUUAUGUUACAUAUUAUAAGAUAAUAAAAAAACAACGUGUAGGGUACAGAUGAUAUAAAUGAGCCAAUCAACGAGGAAAUAAUAGGAAAUUACAUAAUUAUAAAUUACACACACACACACACACACACACACACACACACACACACACACACACACACACACACACACACACAUACAUACAGAUACAUAAAAUUGUAUAAAUUAAUCUACAACCAAUAACAAAAAGAAUUUACAUGCAUUUAGAAUUUACUUUACAUAUAUUUUUUUAUUUUCUUGUUUUUGAUGUACCCUACAUAGAAACGUUUUGUAAAUCGACUUUAACGCUGCGGAAUACAAUCAAAAAAUUUGUAUAUAAAAGUGCCUUAACUAAUCAUAGGCAAUAGUGUUAUAAUAUUUAUAUCUCUUUUUAUACUCAAAUUUUUUAUGGGAUAUAUAUGUAAUAUGUACAAGAGUUACUAUUACAUUUCUAUUACGGCGCAAAGUGCUGCUGUCUGUUUUGCGAUAUUAUGAUUUAUCGAAAAAUGAAAGUUAUUUGUCAUUAUAUAUGAUGCUGCGCCAGUCAAAUAUUUUUUAAGAAAAUAUUUUUGUAAAAAUUUUUAGCAGUGCUAAAAAAAUGUGUAUUAUCACGUUACGUGCCUUAACUAUGCAAAAUAAAACAAUCCGAUCAGAUCUUUAAUAAUUUUUUAUUCAUAAUUAUUAUUUAAAAGAUACCACGUACAAUCCCAAGUACAUAUGAAUAUUAUCUAACACUAUUUACAAAAAGCAUAAUUUGUUUAAAGGACAUAUGCGUUUAGAGCCACAAAAACGAAGGUACUUUUCACGAACUUUUUUCAGAGCCUAGAAGCAAACUAGAAAAAUGGGACUAUUUGCAUAAUAAAGUACAUCUUUUGUUGUUUUCAUGCAAAUUUUAUUACAAUAAUUUUGUUGAAAAAUCCCCCCCCCCCCGCCCCCUCCAUUGUCGUGUAGUCAACCAUGCAUUUCCGAUAUGACAAUGAUUUCUCUUUCCCUGUCCAACUGAAAUACAAAAACCAAACAGCAUCUUAAAGAAGAGUAAAUUUUUUCGUCAUUGCCGUAUCCGAUUUUUUAAAUUCGAAUUUUAAACAAAAUGGUGGACUUUUAAAAUUAGAGUGCCGAUUUUUGGCAAAAAAUUUUAUCUUUAUUUGUUAAAAAAAAAUAGAGAAAAUUCGAAUUUAAAAAAUCGGAUACGACAACGACAAGAAAAUUUACUCUUCUUUGAGAUGCCGUUUGGUUUUUGUAUUUCGAUUGAACAGGAAAAGAGAAAUCAUUGUCACCGCGGAAUUAUGCAUGGCUUUUUCAACAAAAUCAUUGUAAUAAAAUUUGCAUGGAAAGAACAAAAAGUGUACUUUAUUAUUUAAAAAGUCUCAUUUUUAUAGUUUUUUUUUAAUUAUGAAAAAAAUUCGUGAAAAAUGCCUUCUUUUUUUGUGCUCCAAAUGUAUAUGCCCCCUUAACAAAAACAACGAAAUUGUUGCACAUAUAUAUUAGUUUAUGUAAUGUAUAUUAAUUAUAAUAUCCGUUUCAUAAUAUUGUAUACAUUUUUUCAAUAGCGGUGCCGAUUAUAAUAAACAUUAUAUAACUUUGUUGUAAAUUUUAUAUUACUUACAUAUACGUUACAAUACUCGAUCGCUCUUUUGUCUCGAGUUUUGAUCAAAGUAUUAUAAAAACGUCGAAGAUGUCAUUUUAGAAUUAAGAUUUAUUGUAAAUUAUACUUGAACAUAGACGAUAUUUCCAUGGCCACCAGCGCUUAUAUCGAUCUUGUAAAUAUCAGUGCCUUAAUUAAGUUUAAAAUAAGUAUUUUAUGAUAUUGUAUUUGACAUAUCUUUUUACAAAAUAUUUAAAAUACAUUUUACUAAUUA